AUGAUGGCCAACAGCUCUUCCAUUCCCAUUUCCAUGGCUUCCCUUACUCCAGGGACGGUUGAAGCAAUUUUUAAGGAUGACAAGAAUCAUCCAUCGUACGUCAACCCUGUGCUACAAAUCAUUCAUUUAAAGAAAUUGUCGGGCCCGGUUCCCUCCGGUCCAAAUUCCGGCGCCAUCCAAGAUCGCUAUCGUGUGAUUUUUUCAGAUGGCGUUGCAUACUUCCAAGGGAUGCUCGCUGCAAAUUUGAAUCCAUUUGUAGAAGAUGGCCGCAUUUCUUUAAAUUCUCUUGUCUAUUUGAGAAAGUUUACAUGCUCUCUCGUCAAAGAGAGAAAGAUUUUAAUCGUUCUAGACAUUGUGCCCGAGAAAAUUGUUUCCCUCAAUUCAAAAAUAGGAAAUCCCAUUAAUAUUGAAGAACUUGUUGCUGGAAAGACAAACCCAGCCUCUUCAGGCGCGCAAAAUACGGUUCUCCCAUCGCCAUCGUUUUCGCCUUCUCCCUCCCAUUCGGCUUCUGGCGGCCCUUGUGCAGUAGCUUCUGAAUCUCACGUAUUUGGCUCAGCAUCCCUUGUUUCCUCAGAUCCACCUUCUUCAAACAUGCCAUUUUCGACCAUGGAAAGCCCUGCUUCUAGCAGUUCGAUACCACCACUUCUAACUCCGAAAUCUAAGGCUCCAUCGUUGAUCCCCAACGGUGUAUCAUAUGGCUCAUUGGAUGCUUCAUCAGACUACACUCCAAUUGCUUCCUUAUCGCCUUACAAUAAUCGCUGGACCAUAAAAGCAAGAUGUAUCUCAAAGCAAGACAUCCGUGUAUUCACAAAUGCUCGUGGACAAGGAAAAGUUUUUUCGCUAACUCUCAUGGACGCUUCAGGCGAAAUAAGAGCAACUGCCUUCAAUGACGCGGUGACGCAAUUCUUCCCACUUUUUGAAGUGGGUCGAGUCUAUUCCAUUUCCAAGGGACAAGUGAAGAUUGCAAAGAGGGGAUUUGGUGCUGCAUCCACCUCAGCAGCAUCUGCUGCCAACGCUAAUCCCUACGACCUCACUCUUGAAAAAGACACAGUUAUCAAGCCACUUUUAGGUACAGAGGCGGCAUCUGUACCUGCACCCACAUACUCUAUCGUUCCAAUUUCAAAAAUCGCGGAAUAUCCAAAAGACGCCAUUGUAGAUGUAAUUGGAAUCGUUCUUGAUGUCCAUCCAUGCUCCACUAUUGUUGCUAAAUCAACAGGCAAACAAAUAACUCGAAGGGACCUUGUACUUGUUGAUGCUUCAAAUGCCUCUAUUAGAGCCACGCUUUGGGGAAAACAGGCAGAAGAGGCGGAAGGGUCUGAUUGGCGAUCAGAGCCAGUUUUAGCUAUAAAAGGGGCAAAGGUCUCUGAUUGGUCUGGCCGCACGCUUUCUCUUGUUAGUUCUUCGCAAAUCUUGUUGCAACCGACCGAUAUAGAAGAGGCCUUGACGCUUCGCGGAUGGUAUGAUUCUGUCGGCGCCUCUAUUGCGCGCACAGCAGCUAUUCGCAACCUCAGCGCGGGCAGCGGCUUGGGUGACGAUAAUUCUCAAAGCAUUUCUGCAGCUAGCGGAUCAUCCUUUUCUACCUCGAUCGGUGAGCGAAGGACUCUGUCUCAGUUUAUGCGGGAAGAACCACAGUUUCAUGAAAAGGCCGAAUAUACCGACAUUGUGGCUACAAUCACUUUCAUCAAGUUUGAUGGCAUGGUGGCAUAUGCUGCCUGCCCAGGGCUUUCUGAAGGAAAUGUCCAGUGCCAAAAGAAGGUAAUUGAGGUCGGGCCGUCGCUCUUCCGAUGCGAAAAAUGCCAACGAACAUAUGAUACUUGUAAUUACCGCUACGUUCUCUCCAUACAUGUGGCUGAUCAUACCGGACAAAGCUGGGUGAAUGCUUUCAAUGAGGCUGGAGAGCAGCUUCUUGGGCUUCCUGCCUCAGAUCUUGUGAAAAUGCGAGAGAGUGACCUUGCUGCUUUUGAUCGGGUCUUCAAGAAAGCUAACUUUUCAACAUGGCGCUUCAAGCUACGAGCCAAGCAAGAAACCUACCAGGGCGAAAUGAAAAUGCGCCUAUCAGUAAUCUCGAUCAAUCCAGUGCCCCUCAUCCAAGAAAGCAAUAUGCUUCUCGACCAUAUCCUAGCCAUUAAGUAG